GGGUCUCCUUUAAUUGCUGAAAAAAAGCAAGAAAAUUUACAUUACCGCUCCAAAAGGAGAGAGAGAGAGACAGAGAGAGGCUUCGAGGGAGGUAUUUUGGAACUUGUAAGCAAAAACCCUCACUCUUUCUCUGUGUGUUAGCUAGAGCUAGGUCAACAACGAGAACAACUUGCCUCCUCUCUCAUCUCUGUAUGUAAUGAAUUAUCCAUGGCUUAUCUCGUUUAGGGUUUUGGAUUGCUACUUUUGGUCAAAGAAGAAGGCACCGACCAUUUGGUUGUACUGAGACAGCUCCGUUUUGCUUCUCUUGUGGCCUCACGGAUCUUGAAGCAAAAUUUUCCAACCAAGAAAACAAAUCUUUAACAGAUCUACCGUGUUAAGAAGCUCAAGAAUUCCAGGUGGGUCAUCAUGAACUUUGUUGAACAAGAAAGAGGGCAUUGUGAAAGAGAACAAGAAGAAGAAGAAGAAGAAGAAGAGGAAGAGGAAGAGGAGAUGAUAACGAGUAAGCUCCCUUUUUCUUCUCCCUCAUCCUCAUCGUCUUCUUCUACCAAGUACAGAAAUUUUCUACCACAACACCAUGACCUAUGGCUUGGGCCAUCCGAGUCUCAACAAGAAUACAAAACCCACGAAUCAUCAUCAUCUCUCAAUUUUGACAAGAGGCUGGAGCUCAUGGACCUAUCACUGGGAAACGACAAUGGUAUUGUUAAUAUCGGUGGUGGUACUAAUAAGUCUAUUGAGAGAGAGCAUAUGUUUGAUAAAGUGGUGACCCCAAGCGAUGUAGGCAAGCUAAACCGGCUCGUGAUACCAAAGCAACACGCAGAGAAGUACUUUCCCCUCGACUCAUCGUCGAAUGAGAAAGGGCUCCUCUUGAAUUUUGAAGACCGGAACGGCAAGGCCUGGCGAUUCCGGUACUCUUAUUGGAACAGUAGCCAGAGCUAUGUGAUGACCAAAGGUUGGAGCCGGUUCGUCAAGGAAAAGAAGCUUGAUGCAGGCGAUGUCGUGUCAUUUCAGCGAGGCGUUGGCGAGUCAGGGAAGCAUCAUUUAUACAUAGACUGGAGACGCAGGCCUAAUGCACCAGAUCCAACAUUGUUUGCACAUUUAGAGCUGCAAAAUCAGCUACGCUUCCAACAGUCGGUGAGUUGGGGUAGGCUCUACUCGCUGCCUCAGCCUUUGUCGUCUAUUCCACGACCAUAUGAACAACCUCAAUUCCAGCAUUUGAGUUACAGUAUUCAUCAUCAUCAUCAACCUUAUCAUCAAUAUCAUUAUCAUCAACAGGCGCAGCAUUACUUAAGACCAGCAGGGGCACUUCCAAUUGGGGCAGUGUAUCAACAAGGAGGGAAUCAAGCACCAGCGGUGGUUGAUUCAGUUCCAGUUGUUCACGGAAGAAGUGUGGGAAAGCGGUUGAGGCUUUUCGGUGUAAACAUGGAGUGUCCAGCACAAGAUGAUCAGUCUUCUUCUUCUUCUCCUCCUUCUUCUUGUUCUUUUGUUACCCUACCAGCACAUGGAAGUACUACAACCAUGAGUUCGUUCUCGCCUUUUUUAGCUUCCUCACCUCUUCAGCCUCCCCAGUCAAGGGUACACAGUAGUUCAAUGCCAACAACGCAAGAAGCUGAGUUUUCAAAGAAAGGAAAGACCUCCUUAUCUUUUGAUUUGGAUCUUUGAUGAUCACACUUACAUCGAUCAAGUGAAGAAGCAAGAGAUAUAUAUACACCAUUUCUUUUGUUAGUAGCGGUACUCCACAUCUAAUUUUGCCAUAUGGGUACUGAAUAUUCAUAAAAAUUUCAGUUUUUUUUAGGGGGGGUUUCUUAAUUUCCCCUCCUUCAUUUAAUCUGUUCUAAUCAUUACUACAUCAUCAGUUUACCUGAGAUUGAGAUUCGUGGAGAGCUAGCAAAAGAGCUAGCAGUGCAAUAUAUAUAUAUGUGGAGUUGAAAAUA